AUGGCGGCGGCCGCGCUCCUGCUGGGCCUGGCGCUCCUGGCUCCGCGGGCGGCCGGCGCGGGCAUGGGCGCGUGCUACGACGACGCGGGGCGGCCGCAGCGCUGCCUGCCGGUGUUCGAGAACGCGGCGUUCGGCCGGCGCGCCGAGGCCUCGCACACGUGCGGCCGCCCGCCCGAGGACUUCUGCCCGCACGUGGGCGCGCCGGGCGCGGGGGCGCAGUGCCAGCGCUGCGACGCCGCCGACCCCCGGCGCCACCACGACGCCUCCUACCUCACCGACUUCCACAGCCAGGACGACAGCACGUGGUGGCAGAGCCCGUCCAUGGCCUUCGGCGUGCAGUACCCCACGUCGGUCAACAUCACCCUCCGCCUGGGGAAAGCUUACGAGAUCACCUACGUGAGGCUGAAGUUCCAUACCAGUCGCCCCGAGAGCUUUGCCAUCUACAAGCGCACCCAGGCCGACAGCCCGUGGGAGCCCUACCAGUACUACAGUGCCUCCUGCCAGAAGACCUACGGCAGGCCCGAGGGCCAGUACCUGCGCCCUGGCGAAGACGAGCGCGUGGCCUUCUGCACCUCCGAGUUCAGUGACAUCUCUCCGCUGAGCGGUGGCAACGUGGCCUUCUCCACGCUGGAGGGCCGGCCCAGCGCUUACAACUUCGAGGAGAGCCCUGUGUUGCAGGAGUGGGUCACCAGCACCGAGCUCCUCAUCUCCCUGGACCGGCUCAACACGUUUGGGGACGACAUCUUCAAGGAUCCCAAGGUGCUGCAGUCCUACUAUUAUGCCGUGUCCGACUUCUCUGUGGGUGGCAGGUGCAAGUGCAACGGGCACGCCAGUGGGUGCGGUCCCGAUGCGGCGGGCCGGUUGGCCUGCCGGUGUCAGCACAACACCGCGGGCGCCGACUGCGAGAGCUGCCUGCCCUUCUUCCAGGACCGCCCGUGGGCCCGCGCCACGGCCGAGGCCGCCAACGAGUGUGUGCCCUGCAACUGCAGUGGCCACUCGGAGGAGUGUGCGUUCGACCGGGAGCUCUUCCGCCGCACGGGCCACGGCGGCCACUGCCUGCGCUGCCGGGACCACACGGCCGGGCCACACUGCGAGCGCUGCCGGGAGGACUUCUAUCGCUGGAGCCCUCGGACGCCGUGCCAGCCCUGUGACUGCCACCCGGCAGGCUCCCUGCGCCCCCAGUGUGAUGCGUCGGGAACCUGUGUCUGCAAGCCCACGGUGACAGGCUGGAAGUGUGACCGCUGCCGGCCCGGCUUCCACUCGCUCAGUGAGGGAGGCUGCAGACCCUGCGCCUGCAGUGCUGCUGGCAGCCUGGGUACCUGUGACCCCCAUAGCGGACGCUGCCCCUGCAAGAGGAACGUGGAAGGCCACCUGUGUGACAGAUGUCGCCCGGGGACGUUUAACCUGCAACCCCACCACCCGGCCGGCUGCACCAGCUGCUUCUGCUACGGCCACUCCAAGGUGUGUGCGGCCGCUGCCCAGUUUCGGGAGCACCACAUCCUCUCCGACCUCCGCCAGGGAGCCCAGGGCUGGCGGACCGGAAGUGUGGGGGGCCCAGAGCAUCCUGCACGAUGGAGCCCAAGGGGGCUCCUCCUGAAUCCAGAAGACGAGGAGGAACUUACGCUACCAGAGAAGUUCCUGGGAGAUCAGCGGUUCAGCUAUGGACAGACCCUCACACUGACCUUCUGGGUCCCCCCCGGGGGCUCCCCACUCCCCGUGCAGCUGAGGCUGGAAGGGGUGGGUCUGGCCCUGACUCUGCAGCACUCCAGCCUUUCCGGCCCCCCCGAUGCCGGGCAGCCCGGGGAGGUACAGCUCAGGUUCGAGUUGCAGGAGACCUCCGAGGACGUGGACCCUCCGCUGCCCCCCUUCCACUUCCAGCGGCUGCUCGCCAAUCUGACGGCUCUGCGCAUCCGGGCUGGUGGUCGGAGCCCAGGCCCUUCUGCCGCUGGCCAGGUGUUCUUGACCGAGGUCCGGCUCAUAUCCGCCCAGCGGGGGCUCUCCCCGCCAGCCUCCUGGGUGGAGACCUGCUCUUGUCCCAAGGGGUACACAGGCCAGUUCUGUGAAUCCUGUGCUCCGGGAUACAAGAGGGAGACACCACUGGGGGGUCCCUAUACCACCUGUGUCCCCUGCACCUGCAACCAGCAUGGCACCUGUGACCCCCACACAGGGAUCUGCCUGUGUGGCCACCACACCGAGGGCCCAUCCUGUGAGCGCUGCUUGCCAGGUUUCUAUGGCAACCCCUUCGCAGGCCAGGCCGACGACUGUCAGCCCUGCCCAUGCCCCGGACGGUCGGCCUGCACAGCCAUCCCAGAGAGCAGGGAGGUGGUGUGUACCCACUGCCCCUUGGGCCAGAGAGGGCGGCGCUGUGAGCUCUGUGAUGACGGCUACUUUGGGGACCCUCUGGGGCUCUCUGGGGCUCCCCAGCCCUGCCGGCGGUGCCAGUGCAGUGGGAACGUGGACCCCAACGCCGUGGGCAACUGCGACCCCCUGUCUGGCCACUGCCUGCGUUGCCUGCACCACACGACAGGUGCCCACUGUGAACGCUGUCAGGACGGCUUCUACGGGAGCUCCCUGGCCCCUCGGCCUGCAGACAGAUGCACGCCCUGCAGCUGCCACCCCGAGGGCUCAAUCAGUGAGCAGAGAGCCUGCCACCCGGAGACCGGCCAGUGCCCCUGCCUGCCUCAUGUGAUGGGACGGGACUGUGGCCGCUGCAGCCCUGGCUUCUACGACCUCCAGCCCGGGAGGGGCUGCCAGAGCUGCAAGUGUCACCCGCUGGGCUCCCAGGAGGACCGGUGCCACCCCGAGACUGGGCAGUGCCCCUGUCGCCCCGGGGUUGAGGGCCAGGCCUGCGACAGAUGCCAGCUGGGUUUCUUCAGCUUCUCCAUCAAGGGCUGCCGAGCCUGCAGGUGCUCCCCGUUGGGCGCCACCUCGGCCCAAUGCCACAAGAACGGCACGUGCGCGUGCAAGCCCGGCUUCGUGGGUUACAAGUGUGACCGCUGUCAGGACAACUUCUUCCUCACGGCUGGCGGCACACGCUGUCAGGAGUGCCCAUCCUGCUAUGCCCUGGUGAAGGAGGAGGCUGCCAAGCUGAAGGCCAGGCUGACCCUGAUGGAGGGGUGGCUGCAGGGGUCUGACUGUGGCCGGCCCUGGGAACCACUGCACAUUCUGCAGGGAGAGGCCCCACGGGGGGAUGUCUACCAGGGCCACCACCUGCUGCAAGGAGCCCGGGAGGCCUUCCUGGAGGAGGUGACAGGCCUCGAGGAUGGGGUGAAGGCUUCCCGGGAGCAGCUGCGGGCACUGAGCAGGAGUUUCCACUGUGCCCAGGCCCAGGCAGAGAAGACCUGCAUCCAGCUGGCAGAGCUCGAUGCAGCGCUGGAGUCCUCGGAAGAAGAGAUUCUGCAGGCAGCCAUGGUCCUCAAAUCUCUGGUGAUUCCUCAGGAAGGGCCCGGCCAGCCCACCACCUGGAGCCACCUGGCCACAGAGGCCCGUGCCCUCGCCAGGAGCCACAGGGACACCACUGCCAAGAUUGAGGCCACUGCUCGGAGGGCCCUGGUCGCCUCCAACACCAGUUUUGUGCUUCUCUGGAGUCUGGUGGAGGGCAGAGUGGCCUUGCAGGCCCAGCGGGAACUGGAGGACAGGUACCAGGAGGUCCAGGCGGCCCGGAAGGCACUGGGCACAGCUGUGGCAGAGGCGCAGCCCAAGGCCAAGAGGGUGCUGGCCUCCGUGCGGCGAGUCGGUGCAGACGCAGCCCCGCGCCUGGCCUUGCUGGCCGCCCCUGCAGCACCGCCUCAGAAGUCCCAGGCUGGGGCCCUGAGCCUGAAGGUGCAGGCCCUGGAGAAGACAGUCGCAUCCAGAGAGCGCAGGCUCACUGAGGCUGCCCGGACCCUCCAGGCCACCGCCCAGGCCAUGCUGCACAAGACCGAGCCCCUCACGCAGCUACGCCGAGAGGCCAGAGCCUCCCUGACCCGGGCUUCCUCAUCGGUCCAGGCUGCCACACUGACUGUCACCGGAGCCAGGACCCUGCUGGCUGACCUGGAAGGAAUGAAGCGGCAGUUUCCUCGGCCCGGGGACCAGGCCACACUGGGGAGGAAGGCAGGCAUCGUCAGGAGCAGGCUCCUCACAGACUUGAGAAAGAAGACCAAGCAGGCGGAGAGAAUGCUGGGAAACGCAGCGUCUGUCUCUUCCAGUGCCAAGAAGAAGGGCAGGGAAGCCGAGAUGUUGGCCAAAGACAGUGCUAAGCUUGCCAAGGCCUUGCUCAGGGAGGGCAAGCAGGAGCACCGCCGGGCAGGCCGCCUCUCCAGCCAGACGCGGGCGACAUUCCGACAGGCCUCCCGGCAGGUGCUAACCUCACAAGCCCGCAGACAGAAGCUGGAGGAAGCAGAGCUGAUGGGUGCAGGGCUGAAUGCCUUGGAGCGGCAGAUCUGGGAAUCGCGCACCUCCCUGGAGAAGGAUGUCCAGGCCUUGUUGGAGCUGCUCGCCAAGCUGGAGUCGCUGGACACCCAUCAAGCCCCAGCCCAGGCCCUGAACGAGACCCAGUGGGCCCUGGAGCGCCUGAGGCUGCAGCUGAGCCCGCCGGGGGCCCUGCAGGGGAAACUGAGGCUGUUGCAGCAGGAGUCCGAGCAGCAGGAGCUGCAGAUCCAGAGCUUCGAGAACGACCUCGCUGAGAUCCGUGCUGACAAGCAGAACCUGGAGGCCAUUCUGCAUAGCCUGCCCCAGAGCUGUGCCAACUGGCAGUGA